GACAACACCGAAGCGCCACGGCAAUUGACGCUCGCCUGCAACACAGCCAGCCAUGCGCGCCCUCCCGUGCAUGCUCGCCGUCGCCGCGGCCCUCCAGCGCGCCCCGCGGCGUGUCGCGCCGCCGGCCGUCGCGGCGCGCCGCAACGUCGCGCUGCGCGCCUGCGACCAAAACCUUUCGAAAAAGGGGACGGUGACGCUCGUCGGCGCGGGCCCCGGCGACCCGGAGCUCCUCACGGUCGCGGCCCUGCGCCUGAUCAGCGACCCGGAGGCGCUCGUCGUCGCGGACCGCCUCGUGUCGCCGGAGAUCCGGAGUCUCGUGCAGGGCGAGCUCCGCGUCGCGGGCAAGGCGCCCGGCUGCGCGGAGAAGGCGCAGCGCGAGAUCUACGACUGGUGCGUCGAGGGCGUCAACGAGGGCCGCCGGGUCAUCCGGCUCAAGAUCGGCGACCCCUUCGUCUUCGGCCGCGGCGGCGAGGAGAUCCUCGAGUUUCGGGAGACUUUGGGCCUCGAGGCCGAGGUCGUGCCCGGCGUGUCGAGCUGCCUCGCGGCGCCGCUCGCGGCGGGCGUGCCCGUGACGCACCGCGGCGCCGCGCACCAGCUCGUCGUCUCCACGGGCUACGGCCGCGACGGCUCGUCGCCGGAGCUCCCCUACUACGACGAGAACCGCACCGUCGUGCUCCUCAUGGCCGUCGGCCGCCUGGGCAAGAUCGUCGCCAACUGCCUCGAGGCCCAGGGCUUCCCCCGCGACUGCCCGGCCCUCGUCGUCGAGCAGGCGUCGAGCCCGCGGCAGCGGACCGUCGUCGGCGACUUGUCGGACAUCGCGGACCUCGUGCUCGAGCACGACAUCAAGGCGCCGGCGACGGUCGUCUUCGGCGCCGCGGCGCGCGUGCUCCACGCGACGGCGCCCCACGGCCUCAUGGACGAGCGCGCGCCCGCCGCGCGGCUCGACGUCCUCGAGACCGUCGCGGCCGCGAUCCCCGAGCCGAAGCCCUACGAGUUCCUCGGCGGGAAGACCGCCGCCAAGGUCCGCUGAUGGGCAUCCCCCGGCUGUGAAAAUCUGUUGUAAAUAAAGCGAGCUACGUCGUC